CAUACCGUAUAUUUCUAUUAUAGGUUUAGGAAAUCCAAUUGAUAUGAUGUAUCAUAUGCAGCCAUGGAUGAUAUUAGGUUUGUUGCCACUUUCUAUUGCCUUUGAAGGUAUUCCAAUUUCAACUUCAGAAAAAGUAUUUCGUUACCGUGAUGUAGCAGUUGUAACAAGAACUUUGACAUGUGUUUUUGUAGGAUCAAUGCUUGCUUUUUUAAUGGAAUUAACAGAAUAUUUACUGCUAAGGUAUACUUCAAGUUUAACUCUGUCUAUAACAGGAAUAAUAAAGGAAAUAUUUACAUUAUAUUUAGCAAUACAUUAUAAUGGUGAUUCCAUGACGACAAUGAAUUAUAUUGGUCUGGUUAUUUGUGUAUUAGGUAUAGGAACACAUGUAUUCUUAAAAGCUCUUCAUGUUUCAGGCAGUGGCAUGACUUUCUCAUAUAUAAGGAACAGACUGUCUUCAUGCUUCAUAAUUAUCUUUAAUCUUCUGCCAUCCACAAAUUUUCAGAUGAGGAAAAGAAGUUAUCGUCUCAAGAGCCAGAAAUUUGGCAGCAGUUGUUAGCAAAAGAUGAUGACGACGACGACGACGACAUCGUCUUUGAUUCCAAGCAUCCGCAUUAGAAAAUCAUUUUAUUGUGAUAUAUUAAUAUGUUGAAUAUAAGAACUUACUCUUUGGCAAUCAAGUUUUGUGCCAAAAUAAGAAUUUUUAUAUUUUAACUUUUAUAAGUUGAUAGAUUAUAGGAUGAAGUACAUAAAAAUUUGUUUUGUACAUCUGGUAUAUAAAUGUUUUGUUAAAAAAUUAUUUUUUUAUUUUUUAAAAAUGAGAAUUUUUUAAUGAGUACAUUUUGAAGUAUAAAUUACUAUAUUUAAA